GUCUCGUUGGCUUGCGUGCCUCUCGUCACAGUUCCUUACCUGCAAUACAGCCGCGCGCACUGGACGGCAUGAACGGACCAUACUCGUCCGCGGUCCGCCCGGUAUCACGGGUAUCCGGCCCCAGCGUCAUCAAUCGGUUUGUCGCCGGUCGGGCAGUCUAUGAGAUUGAUGGAUAAAUGAUCACGACAGUCGGGCGGUGGCCGUGUCUCCCAGCUAUCUCAUCACCGAAUCUCGUUACUGAGAACAAUGUCCACGGCACCAGCGAAGACGCUGAAGUCACUCACGCGGGAUGAGGUUGCCAAGCACAACAAGGCUGGCGAUCUCUGGAUUAUCAUCGACACCUACGUGUUCGACGUAUCAAAGUUUGCCCGGCUGCAUCCCGGUGGCCCGGGCGUGCUCCUCGACUCUGACGUUGCCGGCAAAGAUGCAACGACUGUGUUCUUCGCGCUUCAUCGCCAUGAGGUCCUCCUUAAGCCGCAGUAUCAGCGCCUCAGAAUCGGACAGAUCGAGGGCGAGAAGGCCAAGAUUCGCGCUCCCAAGCCAGACGACCUGUCGCGCGUACCCUACGCCGAGCCCCAGUGGCUGCAGCCUGCGUUCAAAAGCCCUUACUACAAUGACUCGCACAGGAGGCUACAGAAAGCCAUGCGCAAGUUCAUUACAGAAGUAGUGGCGCCCGAUGGGCAGAUGUGCGAGGAGAAUGGCAAACGGCCGAGCAAGCACGUACUGGACGCGAUGGCGGCAAACGGAAUGAACAGGAUGCGUAUGGGACCUGGCGAGCACCUCCAUGGGCGCAAUAUUAUGGACGGUGCCGUCAAGGGCGAGGAGUUUGACUACUUCCACGAGCUGGUCGUCAACCAAGAGCUUGCUCUUGUGGGCGGGCGCGGCUACAUUGACGGGUGUCAGGGGCACAUGGUAAUUGGUCUCCCACCAAUCAUGAACUACGCCAAAGAGCCCUUGCGCACCAAGAUCACGAACGAGGUGCUCGACGGGCACAAACUUCUUGUGCUGGCCAUCACAGAAGCGUUCGCUGGCUCGGACGUGGCCGGCCUGCGCUGUACAGCGACGAAGAAGGAGGAUGGGAGCGGAUGGAUCAUCAACGGCACUAAGAAGUGGAUCACGGGUGGGACCAAUGCAGACUACUUCUCCGUCGGAGCACGCACAGGCAAGCACCUCACCAUGUUCCUCGUGCCGCGGUGCGAGGGCGUCGAGACGAAGCAGAUCAAGACUUCGUACGGACAGACUGCUGGUACAGCGUAUGUCACGUUCGACAACGUGGAGAUCCCGAACGAGAACAUGAUCGGCCCGGAGAAUGACGGCCUUCGUGUCAUCCUCGCGAACUUCAACCACGAGCGCUUUAUGAUUUCUUGUCAGACCGUUCGUUACGCUCGCAAGGCCGUCGAGGAGUGCCUCCUUUGGGCAUCACAGCGUGAGGUUAGCGGCAAGCCACUUCUUGCCCAGCCUGUCAUCCGCCAGAAGCUCGCCAGCAUGAUUCACAAGACCGAGGCCGCCCAGGCGCUUCUGGAGACGACGUGCUAUCAAAUGUGCAACAUGAGCUACAAGGAACAGAGCAAGCACCUGGCUGGCCCAAUUGCGUUCCUCAAGCUUAACAGUACCAAGAUUCUUGCGGAAGUGGCGGACGACGCUACCGCAAUCUUUGGCGGGCGUGGCCUGACCAAGACUGGCAUGGGCCGCUUCGUCGAGCAGAUCGGGCGUACGCGCAAGUUUGAUGCCAUUCUCGGGGGAGCCGAGGAGGUUCUAGCCGACCUGGGCGUGCGGCAAGCCAUGAAGUUCAUGCCGGCCGACCAGCGUUUGUAGUUUUAGAGAUGAGAACCGAACGAGGAAUCGGAAGUCUAGUUGUUCUGCAUG